AUGUACAACAUUGGGCGAAAUAUGUCCAGGAGUACGAGAUAUUUUGAUAGGGUUGCUAGGAAUCAUAGUGAUAGGAAGAAACCCAAAACAAAGAUGACCACCAGAGUAGAUGAGAAAGAAAGAGAAAAAAUUUAUAAGUGUCAAGACCUGAAAACAGAAAUACCAAAAACUACUGUGUUUCGUUUGAAAGAGCAGCUUGUACGUGAGGGUAAAAUGCCAGCCUCCUGCAUUACCAGAAUCUUCCGUUCUAAGAGACCCAGUGAGGGCUCUCUCCAGCAAGCUGUUGUAGCAUGUAAAGAAGGUCUAUCCCUGGCACAAGCAUCAGAAAAAUUGCAGGUGGCAAAAACAACAGUGUGGCGUCGACUGCAAAGGUUAAAAGAUCAAGAUUCUACUGCCAGUGCUACUGGGGAAGCCAAAGGAUAUAAAGUAAAAAAGGACAUUAAAAUUGAGGUGCCAGAUCAGUCAGAUUUAGAUUAUGAUAAUUACUGUUGUUAUGGACUAACAGAAACAUUAGCCAAAAAAAAUCAAAUAUCCAAAAGAAAGUCAGUGGAUGUUACUACUUUGGAAUCUGAUGCCAUUAAUUCCAGUGAUAGUCAGACUGUGGUAUUAGAAAGUGAAGGAAGUUUCCUUGCAAAUGAAGGGUCAGUCAUCCGCACACGCUCCCCUUUAGCAAUUAAGGAAGAAAGUCUUAAUGAGGAAGAUACUGCUACAGUGGUCACUUCUGAAAAUUCCGGAAAUGCACAUUUUCAAUUAGAGAUGCCUCUGGUAAACUUUACUGGUGGUGGCUACCAAGUGGUAGGAAGUGAAAUAGUUAUUGGUGGCCAACACAUGGUUGUCUUAGACUCAACUGGAUCCUCACAACACUCGCAUUCAAAUGCUGAUGGUCACAUUGUAGUCACACCAUUCACAGAGAUGGGUACAGUGCUUGGUAUUUCUUCUGAUUUGCAGAAAAAGAGCACUCAAGAUCUUUUGACCCAAUCAUCUAGGAGACCUAGGGAUUUGGCCCCUCUUGCUUCUAGGAUGGUCUCUCCCUUGCAGAUGCGUCCCUUUUGUGGCAGCAUGCAGAGAUUUUUCUCUAGAUCCCGUGCUAGUGGCCGAUUUGUAUCAUGGGCCAUCAAGAAAUCCUCAACUAGAAGUGGAAGGAGAAAGGGGGCCAGAACCCUGGAUAGUAAAUUAACAGAGAACGUGUGGUGCCCAAUGCAUCAAGGGGCUGGGGGCCCCACACUGGAUGUCAGCAUCCUGAAAGUCUUCGUUCAGAAGACAAAAUUCUGUAUGGAGAUAAACCAGACCAUCCAGAGAGGCUGGAUGACAUCAUUAGAUGUACAGGACGCUUACUUCCACGUUCCGAUACACCCAGCCCAGACUCAAGAAAAUACCUAA